GUAGAUUAAUCCUCUAUUUAGCGUAGGAUAGUGUGUGAAAGCUGCUUCUGUGUUUGCAGAUAUACUCCUACCCCACUGUGCACAGUGACUACACUGUAAACUAUAUAUACACACGUAUAGGCUGAUAGCACUAACAUACAACCUCAUGGCAGAGAGUGUUCAAGAAGACAUUCAGAGAACCAUGGAUUCAGUUGAUCGUGGGUAGUGCGAUAGUCAACUUGAUUUUAUGAAUAUACGUGCGCGGAUCGUGAUACACUUGACGUGAUUGUUACAUCAAUAUAUCCCGAGCAGCUAAUUUUCGAUAACAGUUCCUUCAUUAAUUAUUUAUCAUGCGCGAAAGUACAAUGAAAUCGAUGGGCCGCAAAAAUCGUUUGGGUGUGUCUUGAACGAUCAGAAGAGGGAUGGAACGGAUGGAUCUUUUCGAAGAUGUCAUAAUUUCUGGACGAGGAUAAUUUCUACAAUAAUAAUUCGGCACGACAAUCAUGUUCUUUCAGCAGAGAGCGAUGCGACAAAUGUCGGAAGUUUCCUACGUGGGAGGUUUCAAAUUGAUAAAAAUGUCGACUAAUCGAGAGGGCGAGACUGCAGUGACCAUCCCGCUGCAGUAUAAUGAAGCCCAUUGGAAAAAUAUUUUUGAAAAGUAUGAUCUUGAUGGAGAUGGGAAAAUAUCGCUACAAGAGCUAAAAGCGAUGGUAUGUGGUCCAGAAUUUUGUAACGAUAUUCCUACUGGGGUGAUUCGCACAAUAAUGCGUAAGGCGGAUCUGGAUGAUUCUGGUUACUUGGAAUAUCCAGAAUUCAUAGCAAUGAUCCACAGAAAAGACAUGCAAGGUAUAUUCGGAAACCUCGUGCAACGAUACGUCCAUUCUAUGAUACCUCAACGACCAACUCGCACAAUGAGGCAAACUUCCGUGGGUUCGAGGUAUUAUCCUCAGCGACAAAUCAGUAUUGUAAUGCACACACCACCACCUCCUCCUUCUCCUUCGAGCUUCGGCGAUUCUUCCCAGGCUGCCAUGCUUAGUAGUAAAAGAGGCCGCUCUUCACGUAUUACCGAUCUACAACGCCUACAACAACAAACAAGUACAAUAACGGAAUCUUCUCUGUACUCUAGCGAUUAUCCGGAUGGGCUGUACGAAGAUGAGUACAGCUGUCGACCGCCGGCCAUAGCAAUGAUAAUCAUAUCGAUAAUAGAAAUCAUUUUGUUCAUAUAUGAUGUGAUUAAGCACAAAUCUCUUUCUGUAGAAGGCCCGGCAGCUACAUUAUUUAUUUAUAAUCCACACAAGAGGUUCCAAGCCUGGCGGUAUCUAACAUAUAUGUUUGUGCAUGUUGGAAUCUUUCAUUUGGUCGUUAACCUACUGGUACAAAUUAUGUUGGGUAUUCCACUGGAGAUGGUACACAAAUGGUGGAGAGUACUGAUAAUAUACAUAGCCGGAGUAGCGGCCGGCUCACUCGGUACAUCCGUCUCGGAUCCGACGGUUUACUUGGCCGGUGCAUCGGGCGGUGUGUACGCAUUGAUCACCGCUCACGUGGCGACUAUCAUAAUGAAUUGGUCACAAAUGGAAUUUGCCGUCCUGCAGCUAUUAGUAUUCCUCGUUGUCACGAGCGUCGACGUCGGUCAGGCCGUAUACAAUCGUUAUGUCCUUGACACUAACGACCAGGUCGGCUAUGUGGCCCAUUUGGCCGGCGCUAUAGCGGGACUUCUAGUCGGCAUAAACAUUCUCCGAAAUCUCGAAGUACAAACUUGGGAGAAAGUCAUUUGGUGGGCCAGCAUGUUCACCUUUACGGGUCUCAUGACCGCAGCUAUUCUGUGGAACAUAUUAUAUACCUCAUAUUAUGAAUGAUGAUAUUUCAAGUAUCGGUAUUUUUAUCGCGUUCGAGUCACUUAUGUUCAACGCAGAUAUCUAUAGGACGAUCGAAUGUAUUAUUACUGAAAAAGAGUAGAUGGAGACAGAACCUGCCUUGCCUAUUGUAUGUAUAUACAUCACACACAAAUUCAUUAUAUAUAUCUUUAUUAAUAUAUUAGUUAAUAUAAAUUAUACUCUUAUGCUAUAUUAUUUUACAUUAAUAUUAAGGAUAUUAAUGUAAAAUAAUGUAAAAAUUUAGGAUAAAAAGUGUGUAGUAUAUUUUCAUACGAAUGUUAUCGCGUACACGAAGAGAUGAGACUUGGAUUCGCAAUCCUAUAUUAAUUGCUAUAUUUAUACGCCCAUAUAUAUAAUUAAUAUUAAACAAUGCAGUAUUUUUGUAAGUACAUGUUUUCGAGAACAAAUAGUAAAGCAUCGUAUUCUGUGAUACUUUUGCUACACGUAUGUUAGCAACAAGAAUAAAUGUGUAUACAAGUAUUCACAAGUUUUAGGAAUUGAAUGAUCAUAUCGCAGCUAGGCAUGGAAUAUUAAUAAUAUUUCUAUUUUAAAACUAUUGUCUCAUUGUUGGAAAAUGCAUGAAGGAAAACUACCUCUAUCAAUAUAUUAUGAUAAUUAUUGUGCACAUAAAAUGUCAAUUAAUCUUUCAAUAUUUUACGUAUCAUAUAAGCACACAUUGUGUAUCUUCAAUUAUUCGUUCAAUAUUAAACAAUCUGCACAAAUUACAGUGUUGAAUUGGCAAAUAAUAGAAUAUAUGUAUAUUUCUUGAGAAAUUAUUAAUACUUUCUUAUCAAACUUGAAGAUGUCUUAUAAAAAAAUUCCUUUUUCGAGCUUGUUAAGUAAAAAAAGAUAUGUAUAAUUCAUAAUUCGCAUAUACUCCGAUUUAAAAAUAUAGAUAUGUCUAUUCAUAAGAUAUAUACAUUGUACUAAAAAAGGACAAUAUUUUUAAAUGCAAUGUUAAAUUUGUUUUUAGAUAAACACACAGAUAUUGCUGUGACAUUAAUAAUCGUUUGAAAAUAAAAUGCAAUACAAAACAAUGUGUAUUCCAAUAGUAAUGUAAACAAUUUCAUUCUUUAUAAAUGCAUGGCAAUAAUUCUAUUAAAUAUUUGUACAGAUUGUAACUAUAUGAUUGUAGAUACAGAAACAUGUGGAAGGAAACAUUUUUGGAAAGAGAUUUAUAAAUAUUAUUGUAAUUAUAUGCAUCCGGUUUAUUUAAUAUAUCCGGUUUGGAGAUAAAAGUAGAUAUAUUAAUUUAUUAAACAAUUACUAAUUUGAAUAUGAAGCUGAAAAAAGAGAGUAAAUUUUUGUGUUCAAACUAUGCACUAUAAUGCCACAAAUGGUCAAUGUAAAAACUAUGUACUGACUGAUAAGAGAUACGAAUAUUAAUCUGAUUCAUCCAUCCAUUUGAGAACAAAGAAUAAAUUAUUUACGAAUAUCUCGGGGUAUGUGGAAAACAUUAACUAGAAAUAAUCUUAUUUUAUUUAUCUCUUAUUGUUAGUAGCUCGAUACAACGGAUAAUGCGCAGAUACAAAAAGAGCUGCCAAUUAUAAUAUAUAAUUCCAAUGAUAUAUAUUGUAUAUAUAUUUAUAGGGGAAUAUUUGUACACACACACAUUCGAAUUUUCAUAUACUGGGUGUUCCAUUUUAAAUAAUCACCCUCUCUUUUCUUUUUUUUUGUGGAGGAAAGAAAGAUUGUUUAAAAUGGGACACGCAAUAUACAUGUAUAAUUUACAUGAUUGAUAGUCCUCUAUUUUUUGUUAAGUGGAGAGAAUGCUAUUAAUUCGGAAAGUGAUAAAUAAGACAGCUAUUAUAUAGAUCUAAAAUAUGCUUGAAAGUUAAAAAAAUAUAAAGUCUAUAUAAGUAUUUUAACUUAUAUAUAAUUGAAGCAAUCGGAAGACAGCUAUUAUUGCUAUUAAAAUUUCAAUAGAGCAUGAUUUAACUUACCUGAUCAUUUGAUUGUAUCCUUGUUUCUUACUGUAUAGAUAUCACUUAUAGAUAUCACAGUAUUAACUCAAUUAUAAUGUUGAUGACGAGAUUCCUAUGAACAAAUUGGUUUUGUUAAAUAGAUACAGUUUUAGGUAGAUAGUAUUUUAUAAAGUUAUAUCUGCUUCUCAUCUAUAUAUAUAUUGCAAUGCACUUAUAUCUUUUUUCACAUAUAAGUGCCUUGUUAACUUAUACUCUUCAUUGUACAAUGCUUCGUAAUUUUAAUGGAUAAGACGAGAGUGAAUUUUUAUCACGAAGUACGCAAAUAUUUCCCUUUUUGUAUGUAAGUUAAAUAUAAGUUUAUAUACAUAAAUUAUUAUAUUUUGCAUAAUAGAAAUUUCAAUGGAAAUGUUUGCAUUAUUGUUCAACGAAGCGACAAUAUUCAUAACGUAUAUAUAUUUUGUAUGCGCUUUAUAUAAAAACGAAAUAAAGUGAUAAAGAGAAAUCAAUCUGAUAAUUAUAGUCAGUUUUCGUCUAAAAAGCGACAAAACUAUUAUUCGUAAAUUUUAUCUUAUACCAUAGAAAGAAACGGCAUCUUGUUUCAAUUAUUAAGAAAUAAAGUAACCAUUUCCAAAU